AUGUCGACCUCUGUGACGUUCAAUCUCAAUGAACCCUCCACUGCUCCCGUACCUGUCACCCUAGUGGAGGGUCUCUCCGAGGAUCAACUCCGAGGGUUCGCAGCAUUUCAGCACUGGUAUAAGACGCUGCAGGCGUCGCUGAAAAACCAGGAGAACGAAAAACACGCGUUCCACGACAAGCCCUAUUCUCUCAGGUCUAUCAAAAUCAAAUCCGUCAGCUUCUUCGGCGAGCGAAUCGGCUUCCUGAAGUUCGAGGCCAAGAUCACCAAUGCGGCGGACGAGGAACUCCCGGGCGUGGUCCUCUUACGUGGACCCAGCGUGGCCAUGCUCAUGAUACUGCGGCCCCACGAUAACAAAAGUGAACGCCUAGUCAUCAUGACAGAGCAGCCGCGCGUUCCAGCGGGCAGCCUCGCCUUCCUUGAAAUACCGGCCGGGAUGAUGGACGAUGGCACAGAAACCUUUGCCGGAGCCGCCGCUAGGGAGAUCAAAGAGGAAACAGGGCUUACUGUUCGCCGUAACGAGCUCAAAGAUUUGACGGCUCUCGCUCUGGACAAAGUCGAGAAUCAUACUGGCGAGCACCUCCAAAACGCCAUGUACCCAAGCCCUGGCGGAUGCGACGAGUAUAUCGCCCUGUUUCUAUGGGAAAAGGUUCUUAACCGCCAAUCCAUAGAGAAAAUCAAAGGCCGCUUGUCGGGGCUGAGAUCCCAAGGCGAAAUGGUCCGCAUCAGGCUGAUCCCUUACGAGGAUCUUUGGAGCCACGGGGCGCGAGAUGCCAAGACUUUGGCUGCAUGGGCGCUUUACGAAUCGCUCAAACGGUCUGGGCAUCUGAACGAUGUCAGAUAG